CAUGGGUAAGCAAGCACACAAAAGACGUAAAUAAAAAUAGUCUAGUUUUUUAGUUGCAGGUGUAUGUCCAUAGAAGACCUUUCAUUAUUUAUACCACAUUAAGCUCUUGAUUCUUUUUCUGUGUGUUUUUCUUUGAUGGUAUCCCAUGUCUCUUCUGUUUUAGAACUGGUGCUGUGUCCCCAGGUACAGGACUCCUCACAGCCUUCUGAUCCCCAUGAUGAGUGACACAGGCUGCGCAUCACCUCGUUGAUGCUGUGUCACUCAGACCAGCUUGUUAGCACAGGAGCAUAAGGAAGGGAGUGUACUUUCACAAAUGUAAUUACUUUUAUAAAAUACAUCAGUAUUUAUUUUCCAGCCAUUAACAGUUUCUUCUUAGAUAAAAAGUGUUUUAUUAUGCUUGCUUUUCUUGUUUAUUGGGACCCAUGAACUUUAUUUUUCUCACUCAUUUCUGGAUGUUUAGCAUUGUCAUUUUAUGAGAAAGAGUAAGUGAAUGUGACACAUCAAUGAAAAAUGCUGCAGGAUGAAUUCAGUUCUUGCUUCUUGCACUGGUGAGGAUCAGCAGUGGUACAGCUGUACCACAGCCACUUGGGUGUGCUCAGUAUAAAGUCAUUGGAUUGUGGAGAAGUGAACUUUUUUUGCAGCUCAUUUGGCAGAGUGUGACAAAAGGGAGCACAGUAACAAAACAAAUAAAAAAGUGACAGCCAUGCUUUAAGCAUCUAUAAAUGUUGUAAUUAUACCCAAAUUCUAUUUAAAUUUUAUUAUUAAAGUUUUUAAUGCAUUUAUUGAAGUCUAGGAGGUGGGAAUAUAUUUUUUGUUUUCUUCAUACUCUUUUCACAACGUACAGGUGUGUUUACAGGCACAAUUUGUACAGUUAAAUCCUUUUUUCUUUUUUUUCCUUGUCUUUUUUCUUUCAAUUUUCCCUCUUUUUUUCCCUCUUUUCUCAUUUUCCUCUUUUCCCUUUGUUUUCUUAUUUUCUCAUUUUUUUUAAUCUUUUUUCCCUUUUUUAUCUUUUCACUUUUAAAUUUAUUCCUCUUUUCCCUCUCUCUUUCCUCCCCUUCCUUACUCUCCCCCAUCACCACCCCCUUCUUUUUUCCCUCUUUUUUCUCUUUAUGUCUUUUUUCCUUUUUUCUCUUUUUGGGGUCUCUUUUUCUCUUUCCAUUUUUUCUUUUUUUUCUGGGGGGCCUUCUGCCUUCCCAGUGCUCUUUCCAGGCCUUAGGGAGUUGUGAGUGAGACAAGUGCCAUGACUGAACUGAUGGACUUGCCAGUGGAGGGGAACUCCCUGAUAAGAGCUGUCUACCAAAGACGCCUCCGCCUCACCAGGCUGCUAUUAGAGGGUGGUGCCUACAUCAAUGAGAGCAACGACAGAGGAGAAACCCCGCUCAUGAUUGCCUGUAAGACAAAACAUGUGGACACGCAGAGUGUCAGCAAGGCAAGGAUGGUUAAAUAUCUGCUGGAAAACAAGGCCGAUCCGAACAUACAGGAUAAGUCUGGGAAGACAGCCUUGAUGCACGCUUGUUUGGAAAGAGCAGGCCCUGAAGUGGUGUCUCUGCUACUGAAAAGUGGGGCUGACCCCAGCCUGCAAGAUCACUCCAACUGCUCUGCGCUUGUGUACGCGAUAAAUUCUGAAGACAAAGAGACCCUGCAAGUUCUUCUUAAUGCCUGCAGGGCGCAAGGAAAAGAAGUCAUCAUCAUCACAAUGGACAAGUCCGCAUCAGGAAGGCAGAAAACGAAGCAGUACGUAAACAUGCCUCCUGCACACCUUGAGGAAUGCCAUUCCCCAACUGCCUGCAUUUCCCCAUCAGAAAUAGAACUGAAAACGUCCCCAUCCUUGCUUUCAAGUUCAAAUGAAACUGAAAAGGCAUUCUUCAGCUUUAAAGAGCUGGAUCAUCCACGAAGUGUGGAUAACUCAUCUCAGACAGUUUCACUGAUGAGAAAAUCCAGCUUGAUAAAAGCCAGGUCCAAGCUGGCACAAAUGCAGCGGCUGCAGUCUGAGCCUUGGAUAAAGAGCUCUCCGUCACUGUUCCACCAGAAAAAAAUCACCUCUUUACAUGAAGAAGUUCAGGAUAUUACCCCAGAAGAGCUCUCUUCUAAAACCAAUGGCCUUGCUGCAUCAAACACAUUCAUCAUCAGGCACCAAAGUAUUGACAUAAAAGACACUCCUCAUUUAUUGAAAACCUUUGAUCAAAGUGGACCAAGGAAAUUGUUAUAUGACAAGAUAAACUCUCAGAUUCCUUGUGUGGAAAAGAAACAUAACCCCAGUGGGAUUCCUGUGGGUAAGGAUGCCAGUUUGGGACAAAUCAGCUUUAUUUCAAACCUUAACAGUGUUAUCCAGAAAAGAAACUUGGGAGCAAAUCACUACAGCUCUGAUUCCCAGUUAACUACUAGUAUGAGGCCUGCUGCUGCAGAAAACACUAAGUCAGUGAUAAGAAAGAAAAAGAUCCUUUCUCCCUCUCACUCUUUGUUACGAAGUUCUAGAGAAGUACUGCAGAACAUGCAUCCUGUUACUCUGACCAGGAGAAAUCAAGCUUUUCUAGAAAAACAGGGAUCGGGAGCCUUACUGUUGGAUCACACUGCUCAGGCAAGACCAGGUUUUCUUCCACCACUGAAUGUGAGUCCUCACCUCCCAGUUCCAGAUAAUACUUUGAUAAACAGGGUUUCUGGGAUGAUUUCUUGUGAACAAAAGCAUUUAGUUCCAGCGGCACCUGCUUUUCCUAGGAAGACCAAGAACAUGAAAAUACUCCUAAGGAGGCAGUCAUUACAGACUGAGCAGAUCAAGCAGUUAGUGAAUUAUUAA